UUAAUAGUCUGGUUCCCAGCUUCUAUUGUAAACAAAUAGAAGUCUGGCAUUGACGAAACAAUGGCCGACGCGAUGAUAGCUGAUAUAAGUAGCCAGUCAAUCACAGAUGCUUUGCAGAACUACUCUACAGAGUUCAAUUGCAAAAUAACAGAAAUUAAACCGCUACAGCUGCAAGCAAUACAAACAUUAUUAUCUAAAAAAGACUGCAUCUGUGCACUUCCAACUGGUUAUGGAAAAUCGUUUAUAUAUGAAAUUCUGCCGUUUUUUGUUCCAAAGUGUCUUGUUAUUGUUAUUGUGCCUUUAAACGCUAUAAUUGAACAGCAAACGGUGAAACUCAGUGGACAAUCAUUUUCCUUGUCAAUGAAUAUAGACACUAUUGACUUAUCAAAUACCAAAUAUUUUUUCUUUCACCCAGAAACUGUUUUAAACUCUCCUGAAGUAAACAAACUUUUUCGCUCAUCUCAAUUUCAAGAGUAUGACAAGUUUCUUGUAAUAGAUGAGGCUCAUUGUGUCAUUGAAUGGGGCAAAGAAUUCAGGAAAGACUUUAAAAGAAUAUACAUUUGUGAUUGCGUUAAAUAAUUCCACUUAAAUGUGUUUGGAAAUCUAAAAACAAACAAAAGAAAAUCUAAAAAUAUUUUUUUCUUUAUUUACUUUUCCCAUUAAUUUCAUACUAGACAUUAUAUUUAUAUUAUAUAUUAUAUAAAUAUGUAUAUACAAACACUUAAAAGCUAUCUAAAUGAACAUUUUGACUAAGGGCUGUUCCAGGGAAAACGGCAUCCCCAGGGGGGGAGGUGGAACGGAAAUCAAUUAAAAUUCGGUGGGUGGGGGUGUUUCCUGGAAUUUCCAUAUGGACUGUACCAAAAAAAGAUAAAAUUGUAUUGUGGUAACCCCAUUUUUAAGUUCCGUUCCGUUCCACCCCCAACACUUUUUCCUAGAACAGCCCUAAGUAAUAUUUGCAAUUGGUGACAAUGUAAACGGACAGUUUUGAUAAAGUGUUGUGUCCUUUAAAGAUGAGCACAGUACUUUCAGUACAGUUAUUCUUUUUUUUGGUCAUUGACAACAUCAUUUAUGAACAUAAAUAGGGGCCUUGUUCAUAUUACAGAAUCAUCAAUAGAAAAAAACUGUAAUAAAAAGAUAAAAAAUAUAGAUAUUUUACCAUGCAACCAAAUAAUACUACUUUAGUUCAGAACAAGAGCCGGUUGAACCGGGUAAUGCUCCCCGAGUAGGUAUCGGACACAGAAGUAGUUUGUCAAAAAUAGUUGUUAAAUCUGUCUGCAAACAACCAAGUUAUGGGCCAGACAUGAUUUUGCUGCAAGGUCAUGCUGUGACCUUGACCUUCAACUAAGCGUCCCAAAUUUUCAUGUGCGAUGUUCCAUCUCCAAAUCUGCUGGACUGUUAGUAUCGGGUUUACCCCCUGUAUUUACAAACAACCCGUACAGACUGGAAAAUGCCUGACUCUUGCUUAACAAUGCAAAUUGCUGACUGACUGACGGACGGACAACCCGGCAACUAUAAUCUCCCCCGAAAUUUUUUGGGGAGCAUAAAAAUCAUGAACAUUUCUGUAAUACAACCCUAAACACCAACUUGAAAACAAAUUAAAAAUAACAUUUGCAUAGUCAAAUGCAUAAUAAAAAAAUAUACAACGCAUAAACUUAAAAACAAUAAUAAUAAAGUUUCCAUAGAUAAAACAUGUGCAAUGAACAUGAACAGAAUUCUUAACAUUUGAAUGCCCAAAUUCAAAAACUUUAAUUAUUUUGGUACUAUGCCACUUAACUUUUUCUGAUAUGUUGGAGUUUUAAAAAUAAAAACAAAUCCAAUGUUUUAAGACGUAUCUUAUUAAAUACUUCACUGAUUUAUACCAGAUAAAGGGGAAUGUCCAUUUAAGAGACAUUUUUUUCUAGUUUAUUCAAUCCAAUUUUUUGAUUAGUCAAUAGUUUGUGGCAUUGGGCUCUUAACACAAUGUCUGAAGGCAACAAAACAUAGUUGUGACACAAUUUACUUUUUGGCUUGUCUGUUCAUUAGCCAAAGUCAUUGCAAUGAUAUUCUGAACUAA